GCCCCUUUCGGCUGUCGACGCUCGCAGCUCGCGCUCGGGCUCGCGAUGGGGAAGAAGUCGCGGGCGGUACCCGGCCGUAGGCCCAUCCUGCAGCUCUCUCCGCCGGGUCCCCGCGGCAGCACGCCGGGCCGGGACCCUGAGCCGGACACCGACCCCGAACCCGACACCACGGCGGCCGUCCCUAGCCAGCCCGCCCCGGCCCCAGCGCCAGCGCCGGCGGCGGCGACAGCGCCGGCGGUCACGGUCGCCGCGGCCUCCGACGACUGUGCUUCGGAAGAUGAGCAGGAAGUGGUGGUGGAGGCGCCCAGAGUUGUUCAGAAUCCUCCAAAACCAGUCAUGACCACCAGACCCACGGCCGUAAAAGCUACAGGGGGGCUGUGCCUGCUCGGGGCCUAUGCAGACAGUGAUGAUGAGGAGAGCGACGUUUCUGAGAAGCCGGUGCAGCCCGAGGAGACCAAUGGGAACCCAGCAGCUGACAUCGACAGCACCCUGGCCAGCUUCCUGGCGGAGAUUGAUGCCAUCACGGCGCCUCAGCCCUCAGCACCUGUAGGUGCUUCGGCCCCGCCUCCAACUCCACCUCGGCCAGAACCCAAGGAAGCGGCCACAUCUACCCCCAGCUCCGCUGUGUCCAAUGGCACCAGUGCAUCCACAGCUCCAGAGUGGCAGUACGACACACAGUGCUCCCUGGCAGGAGUGGGAAUCGAGAUGGGAGACUGGCAGGAAGUGUGGGACGAGAACACCGGCUGCUACUACUACUGGAACACACAGAGCAAUGAGGUCACCUGGGAGCUGCCCCCCUACCUUGCCACCCAGGUCCAGGGGCUGCAGCAUUACCAGCCCGGUUCUGGAACAGGUGCUGAAGCUGGUUUUAUAGUAAAUGCCGAUGCAUAUGUGAAGGAGAAAGCAGUUCCCGUUUCCAGUAGUAAAAGUGGACCAGUCCCAGCCAAACGAGAAGUUAAAAAGGAGGUGAAUGAGGGUGUUCAGGCACUCUCUAACAGUGAGGAGGAGAGGAAAGGAGUGGCAGCCGCUCUGCUGGCUCCUCUGUUGCCAGAGGGAGUCAAGGAGGAAGAAGAGCGCUGGAGGAGAAAAGUGAUCUGUAAAGAGGAGGCGCCUCCUGCAGAGGUGAGGGAGCCAAGCACCGGCCCAGAGGAAGCUGCAGCCCCAGGGAAGCCACCAGAAGGCCUGCUGGAUGGCACUGAGGAGCCUGUCCAGGAUGACCUGUGCAGCGUGGUGCAGUCUGGAGAGAGUGAGGAGGAGGAGGAGGAGGAGGAGGAGGAGCAGGACACCCUGGAGCUGGAGCUCGUCUUGGAGAGGAAAAAGGCAGAGCUGAGAGCCUUGGAGGAAGGAGAUGGUAGCGUGUCAGGGUCAAGUCCCCGUUCUGACGUCAGCCAGCCGGCCUCUCAGGACGGGAUGCGCAGAUUGAUGUCUAAGCGAGGGAAAUGGAAGAUGUUCGUUCGCGCCACCAGUCCAGAGUCCACCAGCCGGAGUUCCAGCAAAACCGGACGGGAGACCCCCGAGAACGGAGAAAGUGCAGUUGGUGCUGAUAACUUAGAAAAAGUAGAUGACAAUUCAGAUAAAGAGGCAGAGGUAGAAGAAUCUUCAGAGAAGACAAAAGUGCAAAUAGCACCUAAAGUAGAAGAUGACCAAGAUUUGAAAUUUCAGAUAGGAGAACUGGCGAACACCCUGACAAGCAAAUUCGAGUUCCUUGGCAUUAGUAGGCAGUCCAUCUCCAACUUCCACGUGCUGCUCCUGCAGACUGAGACUCGAAUUGCAGACUGGCGGGAAGGGGCUCUUAAUGGAAACUACCUUAAACGAAAGCUUCAGGACGCAGCAGAACAACUAAAACAGUAUGAAAUAAACGCCACUCCUAAAGGCUGGUCCUGCCACUGGGACAGGGAUCAUAGGCGGUAUUUCUAUGUAAACGAGCAGUCGGGCGAGUCUCAGUGGGAGUUUCCAGAUGGUGAGGAGGAGGAGGAGGAAGGCCAUGCUCGAGAGCGGAAAGACGAGACUCUGCCUAAGCCCAGCUUGAAGGACAGACCUGGCGCUGCGUCGAGCUCCACAGAGUCCUCGGAGAAUCCCGCAGGUUCCCUUUGCAAAGAGUCAUUUUCUGCUCAAGUGUCCUCUUCGUCACUCAUGCCACUGACUCCGUUCUGGACCCUCCUUCAGUCCAACGUGCCUGUGCUCCAGCCACCACUGCCGCUGGAGAUGCCGCCGCCCCCACCACCACCUCCAGAGUCCCCUCCGCCGCCACCGCCACCGCCACCCCCGCCACCACCCCCGGUGGAAGAUGGUGAGAUCCAGGAGGUGGAGAUGGAGGAUGAAGGCAGUGAGGAGCCCCCUGCGCCCGGGACGGAGGAGGAUACUCCUUUGAAACCGGCUGCGCAGGUCGCAGUUGUCACCAGCCAAAGUGCUGUGGACAUCACCACCUCCAGCUCUCCUUCCACUAAAGCAGUGAAGAGGAAAGCAGCAGAAAUAAGCAGUGCAGUGGUUCAGAGGUCCGCCACCAUCGGGAGCUCCCCAGUCAUCUACAGCCAGCCCCCCGUAGCCAGCGGUCCCCAGGCUGCAGGGAUUGGGCACCAGUCUGUGUCCCUGGGCCACACAGCAGCAGGCUUGGGUCCCCAGGCCCGAGGAUUGGGCCUGCAGUCCAGCUACCUGGGCCUCACAGCCACGCCGGCCAUCCUGAGUUACACUGAGUGCUCUGUCCCCAUGGCAGUAACUGCAGCCUCCCUGCAGCCAGUCCAGGCCCGCGCACCUGUGCCCACCACUGCUGUCAUAGAGCCACCGCCACCACCACCACCUCCUCCUACACCACCACCGCCACCAGCUCCCAAAGUGACACCACAGGAAAAGAAGAAAGGAAAGAAAGAUAAGGCAAAGAAGAGUAAAACCAAAAUGCCGUCUCUGGUGAAGAAGUGGCAGAGCAUCCAGCGGGAGCUUGAUGAGGAGGAGAACUCAAGCUCCAGUGAGGAGGACCGCGAGUCGACAGCCCAAAAGCGCAUCGAGGAGUGGAAGCAGCAGCAGCUGGUCAGUGGCCUGGCAGAGAGAAACGCGAACUUUGAAGCCCUUCCUGAGGACUGGCGAGCAAGACUAAAGAGAAGGAAAAUGACUCCAAACACAUAGCUUAACUUUUUUUUUUUUUUU